AUGUGGUUAAGUGAUGAACUGCACAAUCUAUGGGCCAUUGAACUGAUCAGAGAGCUGGGAGAAGAAGAGUACCCCUUCUUAGCCCACAAGCUUUCCAACCAACCCCGACAACCAUGGCAACAACGAGAGGAGGAGCAAGCCAACCGCGCCAUGGAGGAGGAGGAAGAGGAGGAGGAUGAUGAGGAAGACGAUGAGGGCGGUAACUACGUCGGCGAGACGGCGAUCAGGAAAAAAGCGAGGGUCGAUCCCGGCGGUGGUGAGGACAAGCAGAGCUUUCAUGAGGAGGACGAAGAGGCCGAGGAUGACAGUAGCAGCGAUGCCAGACGGAAGGAGCGCGUCAACGGGCAUCUCCGGGUCGACCCCAAUCGUCUGAAGCUCGAGGCGCACCGGAAGCUGCCCAUCCUGAGGGACGAGGAGGCGGGCAGGAACGACGACGGGGUCCACAACAUGGAUCGACUCAAGCGAGAGGAGACGGGGAGGGACUUCAGGGAUACCCUGAGACUCAGCGGCAACAGGAGAGAGGAUGGAGGCUUCCGAAAAGUCAAAGGUCAUAAUGAUGCAAGUCUCAACGCUGCUCAGAUAAGGGACGAAAGCUUACCCGCAUGGCUGAAAAAUCAAUCAUUUGCUCUUACUUUCGUGGAGUUUGUCUUCAUUUCUAUCAUUGUCUUUAUACUUGUUAAAGGGGUUCUCGUCCCCCUCCGCAUCGUCAAACGUAAGAGUCACGGAGUAAAGUCUUUUGCUACAUUCCUUGUCGUCGUCACCUUCAUACAGUUCCUGGUCUAUUCAAUGUUUGUACUAUCCGCCAGCAGCUAGCCCAGGCCUAAACCCCCAUAGGACCAGAUCCCCUUUAUCCUCAAUUGCAACUGGACUGAAAAAAUUCAGCCGUUGAAACUUGAAAGCUGUCAAAUGUGGUGGUGCUCUUAUAUUUUUUCAUCAAAGAAGAAGCUCUACGAUGUUACAAACCGCCGAUGAAAUCCUUCGCUGUGUGCUUAAUCCACUUGCGGGACUGGACUUGUUAUUUGUACUACGAUACAAGCACGAUACAGACUCCCCAAGCAAUGUAGAAUGCAGUAUAAUUGAUAAUUUUUGUGUGGUACGUUCUGUGAUGCUGACGGAAGCAACGGAUGUCUCCAGGCUGUCAGAGAACAGUAUCAGUGCUCGGCAGGUCCAUGUUGCCCUACACAUUGCGCAUCCACCGAUUGGACAGUAUUGGACAGAAUUUGACAAUGAUGACAGAACAUCGCAGUUAUAGUAGAUAAUAGUUAUCUUGAAAGAAAAGUGACCAGCCGAUUUAGUACCUACUCUCUCGAGUAGGAAGUUACAGAUUUUAUUAUUAAAUGUAGUUAGAAUCAUUUUAUCGCUAAUACCUUGCGAGUUUAUGCUUCAGUAUAGUCGGGGGUAUCACUGGAUGAACAAUCUUUUACAUAUAAGUUUUAAUAAACAUUUAAACAUCACUGGUGUAUCUUCUGUGUGGUGACAGAGUUAAUUCCCUACUGGCUGUAAAAGAAUGAUAUGUGUUGUUAAACCUUUGUUGUCCAAAGAGUGAAAUUAAAGAAAAGUAUUAGUUGCAUAUAUAUGGACCCAUAAUGGAAAUCUAAGUGAUUAAUUAUAUGAAUAUUCAGUGUGAAACAUAGCCUUGUCUAUUCAUGAUGGCAGUUACUGCCUGUGUAAAGAUACAACAGUUGAUUAUAAAGCAUGUUGCAUUAAUGGUUAUCUUUGUCAAUGUCCAAUGUCAAGUUUGAUAUCAUAUUUGAUGUCAAGUUAUCCCUUAAAGAUAAAUUUGAGUUCUGAUCAUACAAUUGGAUUGUGAAAGAAACUACAUGGAAGCGUUUGGGAAAGGGUGAUAAUAUAUAGCACAUAAAUAUUGGUGUAUUUUGGAAUCAUCAAAAUGAUAAAGUGGCCCUGUCUUGCUUAAGAUCACAUGCAUUGUACACAGAAAUGUAUAUGUGGGACUACACAAGCAUGUGGCAUGAAAGUGUUGUCCACAAUCUUUAGCCAUUUGAAGAGCCAUCCUUUUCAGGUAACAUUUCUAUUACUGUGAUAUGCUUCCACACUAACACAAAAGAAUGAUAAAAGCUCACAAAUGAUAUAUCACCUUUCCCAGAACUCAACCUACUCUUCAAACUAGCUAUACCUGUUGAGAUAAGUAUCUCCGAAGGGUUCAAGUAUUUUUCUUGAAAACUCAGAAGAGUUCCUUUAUAAAUUCUAUUCAGUCUUUCCUGUGACACGACGGCUGACGUAUUUAUCUUUUUUAUCAAAUUUGAGAUGUACAAAGAAUAGAGCAAGUCUUGAUGUAAAGCACUGCACCAAAAGUCAAAUCGUACAACUUUUAAUAAUAAAAUUCAGUUCAUAUUCUAUGAAAUAUAACAUAUUACAUUAUAUACUUGUAGUUGUAUGUUUUGGUUAAGUAGUGUUAAAGGGUAUAUAUUUUUUAAUAAGAUAUGGACAUAAGUAUAUUUAUCCUACCGUUCCGCCAUUAUUAAUUUAUUCAGUAUUAACCGAUAUUUUUCUCUACCUUUAACUUACAGUAUUGAUACAUGAAUGAAGUAACUUUUCUUAUAGUAAAUCUUGGAAACUCCAUUGGAAUUAUGUUGCUCUAUCUGGCUUAGAUAAGAAAGAAUAUUAUUCUUUGUAUAUCACUUAUUUGUUCUCACAUUUGAAAUUCUUUAAACUUCCAACUUCCCUCUCUCUUUUGUCAAUUCUUUGAAGAACAAAAAAUGUUGAGAGUCAGUUUGUAUUGUUAGGGACUUUUAGAUUUGCGUGGACUGAUACGUGUGACGUCCAUUCAAGGCAGUGCAUUAAAAGGACGUCGAUCGUAGCAAUCCACAUUGUCUUUGUGCGAAUCUAAAAGUCCCUAUUUUCUCUCAUUCUGAAAAAAAUUGCAGUAAUUCUGCCCUAGUUUAUAUUCAAAUGUAAUUCUGCAUUUCAUUUGAAUUUGGAAUGAUUUAAUUUGACAUGUUCUUUCAAGUGUAUCUGAAUGUGAAACAUCAUCCUUUUAUCACCCCCCCCCCCUUCAACAAAAAACACCUCUGUCUCUUUCUCUCUUGCCCUUUUUCUUGUUUAAUUUUUUAUUAAAAUUAUAUAUCAUAAUUUUAUUAUAAAGCCAGAAAGCCACCUGAUAUCAAGCCUAUGUUAUUAACAUAUAAAGAGGUAUUAAUUACCUAGUAUGUAACAUUGCUUUUUAAUUUGUUUCAAAUUAAAUUGUUUUAUAUUUGAAUGACUUAAUAGACACACACAUGUAACUAUUUCAUCUAGUAUGUUUCUAUUUCAUUUGCUCGUCUCCCACCAAUCAAAUGUUUGCAUUUUUGUAGAACGUAAAAACUGAUAAAUCAUGUCAAUUAAUUACAUAAGCUAGAAUGUGGAUAUUGAACUUAACCUGUUCUUGUUGCCUCUUUUUUGUUGGACAUAUUUCUUUUCUAUGCAAAACUGUUCUGCACCUGAAGUUUACUUAAUUAAUUUAAGCAUUACAAGCAUCUGACUUCAACUAUUUUGUUUAGUUUUAUAUAUUGGACAAAGCAAACUUUUUUUCACCUGUCUUUAUUAAACACCAUUGGUAUGUAGAUUUAGAUUGUAGGCAAGAUUAAGUGUAGGUCAAAUACAUUUUAGAUUUGUUGUCGAUGCGCUUUUUUCCAGGCCCUUAUUUCAGUUUGUAUUUGAGAUUAAGCUUGGGGUUGAGUAGACCUUGCCUGACAGAUUGCGUAAGUUAAGGUAUACAAAUAGCGGUGAUAUAACAUCAUUUUUUUAAAUACAUUGUACAAGAUUAUUAUGUAGCUCAGCUCUUUUUUCUUUUUUGCUUUGCGCAAUUUUUUUCCUGUCUAUGCAGCAAUUCUAUCUCGUGCUUGUUUCAGUUCUAUGUGAUGUAAAGUACUUUAUUUUUCUCUGUCCGCGGGAUUUAUGUGUUUUUAUCGUCUGUGAAUAUACAUUAUUUGUUGGUUUCCUAAUCUUGCUCUAAGUUGGAUCAAGACAGUAUGUUUGUGUGUGUGUUGGUGUAUGUUUGUGGGUGUCUGCGUGAGUGUUUUGGACAAAAGUGUGUGUCAUUUUAUUAGUAAGCUUGCCAAAUUAAGCAGUGGUUUAGUAGAGCCUCAUUUUCUUUGAUAUAUAUCAGUAUUGACAAUUUUAGAGUAGAAUGAAUUAUUCAAUUUAAUUAAAAUUAGCUUUAGACAAAAUGUAUACCAAGCUUAUCUGUUAUUUCAUUUUGGUGCUGUAUAAACAGCAGUUACAGUUUAGUGGAGCCUGAAAAUUUGAUUGUGAUUGAGAACUGUCUUGCUGUAUGAUGAAUGCAUUGGGCUAUAACUCGGUUAAGAUUGGGCUUCUUCAAGCCCAAAAGAUAACUGAAUGGUCUAACAUGCCUAAUUAAAAAGUCGUCAGUAGGAAAUUGAAAGUGCUAAUUUACAAAAUGCUUCAGUCUUUAAUUUAAAAAGUUGGAAAUCUCUCCAUCUUUAAUUUUUCUUCUUACAUUCAGUCAUCUUGUUGAUUUUUGUUUCUGUAUUUGUAUUUUAGUUCUAUCUGGUGUUGUUUAAUGUAAUAAUCAACCCACCAAAAUAUCUUAUAUGAACAGCUACCUACAUCCAUUCAUGUCUGAUCGACGGAAAAGAUUUAAUAUACAUUUUAACGCCCACCCCUCCUCUAUGUUUGCUUUUUUGUUGAUUGACCAAUAACUUUAUGCAUUCCCAAAUCUUGAUUAUCAUUUAUCAUCAUCCUUUUAAAGUUGCUGAUAUCAAUUCCCACCUCUAGAGUUAUUUUGAAUUUGUGUAUUUACUUUUUGUUGAUGACUUAGGCGAAAUGAACUUGUAUUUUGGUGAGAAAUGUGUUAUAUUGCUGUGUCUUCUGCGACAUUUAAGUUGCUGAAAUGUUUCUUCAAGAAGCUUUGCUAUAUGUGAGGGCUGUAACUUGCAUGAGGGUAUGCAUUUAUGUGAAUUUCAUAAACUUUUCAUUUCUGUAAUAAUCUUUGAAUUAAAGUUGUUGGGGAUGAGGGGUUUCGAUUUGAUGAAGAUGUUUCAUUUAUGUGAACUUCAAUUAAUAUUUUCACAUUUCUAAUAAUCUUUGUAAUAGGUAAGGGCUUUGGCUUAUUUAGGUUUAUGUGUCUUGAAUGGGUGAGUUUAUGUAUGUUUAAUACAUAAAUCAUUUUAUUUUCCAAUGAGUAUUGUACACAUGUAC